CAAAAACAAAGUAUGAGCUGAAGAAUUACAUCAAAACAAAUCUCAUCAGUCAUAGAAAUUUAACAUUUAUCACAACAUGUUUUCUUUUCUUAUCUUCUUGUUGGAGGUUUAUAAGGUUGUUAUCGCUGUCGUGGCCUCUAUAGUCUUCUUCGUGUUCUCGGGUCUAACACUCGCUGGUACAGCCGUCGGAUUAACCGUAACCACACCGCUUUUCAUCAUAUUCAGCCCGAUUCUCGUACCAGCCACGAUAGCCAUUACUCUCUUAACCACAGGGUUUACGACCGGUGGCGCCCUUGGAGCUACGGCCAUUGCUCUCAUCAGGCGCGGCAUGGGAGUAAAGUCGAAGAACAAUAUACCUGCAAUAGGAGCUCCACCAACUAUGUUUGCCCAGUUCAGUUUAACGCCAAAGAUUAAUUAUGAAGGAACUUUUAAAGGGUCUUGGGGAGGAAAAUCGUCACCCCAAGCUACGCCAAAUUUUAGUUAUGGAGGAACUUGGACAGCAAAUUGGGGAGGAAGAUCCUUUACUGGAAAGUUUGGAGAUCAGUCUGGCGGUGGAAGUACCGCAGGUGGAAGUACACCCGAAGCUGCUGGUGCUGGUGCUGGUGCUGCUGCUGCUGGUGCUGGUGCUGCUGCUGCUGCGGGUGCUGCUGCUGCUGCUGUUCCUGGUCUUGGUGCAGCUAGUGCUGGUGCUGGUCCUGGUGCUGGUGCAGGUACACCCGCACCCGCACCUACGGGUAAGGCGGGUAAGGCCGGCUCAAAGAAAAAGUAGAUCCGUUCAGUGAUGUGGCUAAUAAUGGCCUUUUUGUUGGAAAUAAUAAGCUUUUUUAAAAUGGAAAAUUGGCCCAAAUUUCUUUUCUUCUUUAAGUCAUGUUUUGUGCGUAU